GUUACAGGAAGUUACAAGGGGCUGCCAUCUGCUCUGCCCCACCCUGGCCGUGGAAAGGAUGUGGAGUCACCGGAUCCUCCUCUUUCUGUGUGUUGUGGGCUCAACCCAGGCCCAACAAGGUGUACAGACAAUAGAGAUGAGCAUGAUGCCUGGUGUAGUUGAUGACCAAUACAUCGGGUGCACUGAGGAGAUGGAAAGAAUCGCACCGAAGCUGCUGGAGAUGGAGAAGAAGAACUCUGGGGCUUUGAAAAGUGCCUGGGAAAAAACAGGACCUCAGUGGGAGGAAGUGAAGAAAGAUCCUUCUGUUCAUCUCCCCAAGGGCUUUAAGGAAAAUCAUGGAAAAGCUGUAAUAGCUUACACUGACACGAGCCUUGCUGUCCUAUUUAAUCGGGCAGUGCGGGAGAUGGGUGCCUCUCCAAGUACCUAUAAGAGCUUCCCUUUCAAAGCCUUUCAUUACUACCUGACCAGAGCUUUACAGCUCCUGAAGAAGAGCUGUAGUGUGACACACGGAAGGGAGGUUUACAGGGGGAUUUCUAACAUAAUUUUUAUCCACAACCCUCCUGCUCCAGUCAGGUUUGGACAGGUUGCCUCCUCAUCGUUAAAGAAAAAUGUAGCAGAAGGAUUUGGCCAGCACACGUUUUUUACCAUCCGCACUUGCUUUGGGGUUAAUAUCACGGGCUUCUCACUGGAGCCAUGGCAAGAGGAAGUGCUCAUCCCCAGCCAGGAGAAAUUCAGUGUGUCCCGAAGAGAUGACAGGAAAAACAGCUUUAUCCUCCGCAGCACCAACCGGACCUGCAGCCAUUUUAACUGCGUGUACCUGGGGCGUGAGAAGAAUGAAAAAUGCAUUGAAAGAUCUGGUGGAAGAAGAGGCAUCACCUUCCCCCACCACAUGAGCCCUUUGCUGUUUGGAGCAUCCAUUCUGCUGGCCAACGCUGCUGCUCUCACGCUGUUUGGUGCCCACUAA